AUGGCAGGUGAGCAUAUUAAGCCCCUUGUUUGUGAUAAUAGAACUGAAAUGGUGAAAGUUAGCAAAUAUUCUUGGGCAAGAUUUGCUGGUGAUGAUGCUCCAAAGACAGUUUUCCCAAAUCUGGCAUCACAACUUCGUGUUGCUCCUCAAAAGCAUCUUGUGCUUCUCACUGAGGCACCUCUCAAACCCAAAGCUAAUAGAGAGAAUAUGACACAGAUCAUGUUUAAGACUUUCAGUGUUCCAGCAAUGCAUGUUGCUAUCUGGGUCAUUGUUUCUCUUUAUACUGCAAAGUGUGGUAUUAUGCAAGAUUCUGGUGAUGAUGUGAGUCACACUGUCCCCAUUUAUGAGGGGUAUGCUCUGCCCCCAUGCCAUCAUUCAUCUGAACCUUGCUCGUUGUGA